UUACCAGUUCCGCAAAGCCAUGCCAAAUAUCGUGAACCGCGAGGGACAGAAUAUCAGUCACUUGCAGGGGCUGUUUUACCGGACGCUGCAUCUCCUGGAAAACGGCAUCAAACCAGUCUACGUCUUUGACGGACGGCCGCCGGACCUCAAGGAGCCCGUGUUGGCCAAACGAGCCGCAGCCACCGGAACCAGGAGGGAAGCAGCAGGUAAAGGCAACUGAGAUUCUCCCUUUGUGAGUUCUCCAGAGAGUUCUUCAACUGGUGACCUUCCGCAACGGUUCCCGAGACGAGACUCUGAGACCCUUCUGAGACUCCUGGGGGUGCCUUAUGUUCAGGCUCCAGCAGAGGCAGAGGCCACCUGUGCGGCUCUGGUGAAGUCCGGCCACGCCUACUGCACAGCCACGGAGGACCUGGACGCCCUGCCUUUUGGGAGCCUGCUCCUCCUGCGGCAUUUUAACGCGAAGAAACGUGACUUGGAAGAGAUCUCCUUGCCUGUCGUUCUGGAGAAGCUGGCCUUGACUCAGGAGCAGUUUGUGGAUCUCUGCAUUCUGCUCGGCUGUGACUACUGCGGAAAGAUCCGGGGUAUUGGCCCCAAAAAGGCCCUGAAGCUGCUGCAGAAACACGGGAGCAUCGAGCAGGUCUUGGAGCACCUUAGUCCGCAGAAACACCCGGCGCCUGCCAAUUGGCCCCUGGAGAAGGCACGCCGGCUCUUCCUGCAGCCGGAGGUGGCCGAGCUGAGCCAGGUGGCGUUGGAGUGGAGAGAGCCAGAUAAGGCUGAGCUGGUGCGGUUUCUUGCUCAUGAGAAGCACAUGAACGAGGGCAGAGUUAUUCGCCGGAUGGAGAGGUGGCAGGAGGCCUGCCUGAAGCGUGCCAAGCUCCAGUUGCCCGGCCCCGUGACUAAGGGCAUCUCAAAGCAGAGGAAGCUCGGGGAGUUCUACCAGGUCAAGAAACGACACAGCAAGGCCCCCAACACCCAGCCAUGCAAGAAGAAGCAGAAGUCCAAGGCAAGAACCCUGGAAGCCGUCAGAAGCAAGAUCUUGCAAGCGGGGGGUUGCGGCUCCCUUCGGGGAGCCCGUCCAUCCCUCUCUCGCGGGGGCGUCCUCUUCCCCUGCCGCCUGCCGCUUUGGCCAGCGCGACCCCCAGGCGGUUUUGUGGCGGCGGCGCUGCGCUCCUGCCCGCCCCGCAGCUGCUGCAAGCGCCGGAGCGCCUCCCCUGCCUCCCGCGCCGUCGAGGGCGGCGAUCGGCCCCCGGGCGAGCGAGCGAGGGUCCCAGCCCCAGGGGGUUGGCCCUGGGGGGGGGGGGCGUGGGCCUGCCGGGGGGGUGCGGUCUGGCCCCGCGCCUGCCGCAGGGGGGGCGGGCGAGAGGCGGCGGCGGCUGGUGCAGCAGGGCUGUUGCGGGCGGCGGCGGCUGCAGGCGGCGGCCCGAUGUACGCCUUCUACUCGCUGCUGGUCUACAUCUUCUACAGCCUCUUCCGCAAGGAUGGCCCGCGGCAAGCCCCGGCCGACGGCGAGGGGGGGCCGCCGCGCCCCGCCGCCCAGCGCUGCCCCCGGGUAAGGAAGGGGCUGCGCGGGGUGGGAUGA